GGUGUACUUGUUACAUGGAGGAAGAAACAACGCGUUAGGCGAAAAAGAACCUUCGUAGAAUGACAAAGAGAGGAAAAUACAGAGAAGAGGGGGAGAAAUAAAAAGAGUGCUCUUGGUAAAGAGGGUGUUGGUUCCUCAGUAUCACACUGGAUACGUUCGACAUCGGCAGUUUCCAAACGGUCAUCUCGAUCGCUUGGCAACACCCAUUAUCAUUUUCGAGAACGUAAUCGCUGGCACAGCAUUUACUUUUCAGUCAGUUUGUUUUCAACGAUUGCAUUUAAUAUCCAAGAUGAUGUCCAGCGAACGCGCCGUAUUAAUGGUUUUCGGGGUGGUCCUUCUGGUUACAUCAGGUUCUGCCUUACGAUGCUGGGUUUGUUCAUCCAACGUGAACACUAUGUGCGAUGAUCCGAUGAACACCACAGACCAUUCCUCUGCAUUCCUUAUAAGAACUUGCGAGCAAUAUCCAACCGGAUAUGGAACCUCGAAACCUAUUUGUCGCAAAAUCGUCAAACGAGAAUACGGCGACCGAGUUGUUAUACGUCAGUGUUCCACUCCAAAUCAUGACGAAAGCACUAUUAAUGACGGCCCGUGCGGCAGCUCCAUGACACAACCAGGACGCGAUGUAGUCGAAUCAUGCCAUAUCUGCUCCACCGAUUUAUGCAAUUCUGCGACAAGCGCUUCUGCAAUGCAACUGCUUUACGCUGGUGCGCUGAUGUGCUUCACCUAUAUUUUCUACUCAUCGAAAUUUUGCGUUUUUUAAUUUUACGAAUAAUAAUAAUUUGUAGCUAAUAAAACGACAGAUUUACACAAAUAGUUACAAAUACUUAAUGUUGUCAACUUUGUGACUAACAAUUGUUUUUGCCAACCGAGUUAAGAAUGUAAAAAAACUAUGUGUAAAAAGUAUAGUUAAGAAAAAUUUGUUUUAUAUAAUCUCGCUCUGGAAUUCAAUUAUUUCGAAACAAAAAUGAAUAAGAAGUGCACAAAUUACAAAUAUUGAUUACUGUAAGUAUAUAAUAAAGGAAAACAUAACAUAA